GGCACAGGCCACACGUGAGCCACUGACAGUCAGAUGAGGGCCCAGUUCCAGGAGCCGCGACAAUGUAAGAAGCCAGGCGCUCCCAGGCCCCUGCCCGAGCCUCGGAGGCAGGUGACGCAGGUCCCGUGGCCCCCGCUGGGGCGCAUAAGGCUGCGGCGGUGCCGGGAAGCCGCUUGAGGUCCCACGACUUUCUCUAGCUGACUUCGGCCGAGCGGAAGGGGCCCUAGUCCGCGGAGCCUCGGUACUGGGCGCGGUCCCGGAACGGCUCUGCCCUCUUCCUGUGCGCUACGCUCGCCGCCGACCCCCGGGGCUCUCCGCACCCUGCAAACCGCCCGGCUUCUCCGCGCCCGCGCGCUGCGCUGCCCGCAGCGACCAGGUGCUUGCCAGCCUGUACACCCUGGCCCUGAGCCGUGCAGCUGGACAGGGCCUCUCAGAAGCUCUAGGGCUUGAAUUUACCCCGAGGAAACAGGGUGUGGCAUUCCCCUGCACAGCCUCACCAUGUGUGGGGCACAGAUCGAGAAGUAUGUGGCUGCCAUGGUGCUGAGUGCAGCUGGAGAUGCCUUGGGAUACUUCAAUGGGAAGUGGGAGUUUCUUGACAAUGGGGAAAAGAUUCACCAGCAGUUGGCCCAGCUGGGCGGCUUGGAUGCCAUAGAUGUGGAGAGGUGGAGAGUGAGCGACGACACAGUGAUGCACCUGGCCACCGCAGAGGCUCUCAUCGAAGCCGGGAAGGUCGUGGACUUGUCUCGAUUGUAUCCACUCCUUGCUAAGCAUUACCAAGACUGCAUGGGAGACAUGGAUGGCCGGUCACCAGGGGGCACCUCAAUGCACUAUGCCAUGCUACUGGAGCCAGACAAGGCGAAUGGCUGGAAGAUUCCCUUUAACAGCCAUGGGGGCGGCUGUGGGGCUGCCAUGCGGGCCAUGUGCAUCGGUCUCAGGUUCCCUCACCACAGCCAGCUGGGCAUGCUGGUCCAAGUGAGCAUCGAGAGUGGCAGAAUGACCCAUCACCACCCCACAGGCUACCUAGGAGCCCUUGUGUCUGCUCUUUUCACAGCCUAUGCUGUGAGCGGCAAGCCUCCCUGGCAAUGGGGAAAAGGACUGUUGGAGGUGCUACCCAAAGCUAAAAAGUACAUUGUCCAAUCAGGUCACUUUGUGGAGAAGAAUCUUCAACACUGGUCCUACUUCCAAGACAAAUGGGAAAAGUACCUAAAACUUCGAGGGAUUUUAGAUGGCAAAUCAGCUCCAACCUUCCCCCAGCCCUUUGAUGUGAAGGAGAGGGAUCAGUUCUAUAGCUCCAUGAGCUACUCCGGCUGGGGUGGCAGCAGUGGGCACGAUGCCCCCAUCAUUGCCUACGAUGCCGUCCUGGCUGCAGGAGACUCCUGGAAGGAGCUCGCCCACCGAGCCUUUUUUCACGGCGGAGACAGUGAUUCCACAGCUGUCAUUGCUGCCUGCUGGUGGGGAGUAAUCUAUGGAUUUAAAGGCGGUAAAUUCUUACUCAGCUCAGGUGGAGCCUCCUGGGCGAAGGUUUGGGCACUUGGCUGCUUUCUCCCCACCACACCCAGAGCCUUCUGUCAGCCCAGUCACCACGCUGCUCAUGUUGUGUGGGGACGUGCAUGUCUGGGGGCGAUUGCAGACCCCUCAUGAGGGAUUGCAUCUUCUUCUCUUUGUGGCCUCCCUGUCUGACUCCCGAGAGACAUUUAAUAAAUAUUUACUUUGGAAGUUCAUCAAAUUGUGUUGAUGUGAGGACUUUUGAUGUGCAGUUCGGCAUCUGUCUCAUGCAUCCUCUACUGGCUGCCAGGAGUGACUUGUCAUGCGCUGUAAGACGUGGAGGGCUUGACGCUUUAACCAUGCCCGUGUGCUGACCUGCAUGAGAGAAAGCUCUUUACUCCAUUUGAAGAGAGACACCAGCAGAAGCAUGGGAUGAAAAUUCUUUUACACAUAAAAGAAGAAGGAAAUUCCAAAGCACUUUCUGUGGCUCAAAAAACUUUCAUAUGUAUUUCAGAAAACAAACAUGUUAUAAAUAUGACAACCAGGAUAACAGAUUCUUCAGCAAGAUAGCCAAAGAGAAUUGCAGACUUUUAGGAGUGGUGGGUUACAAUUCACAGAACACGUUAAUAACCUCUCAUAUUCCCAUGUCUUAAAAUACUUCUUUGUCUUAACCUGUGGGAUCUGACACUAUCUCCAGGUAGAGAGUGUCAGAAUUGAGUUAAAUUGUAGGACACCCCGCUGGUGCCCCAGAGAACUGGUGGGGGAAGGCCCCUCACAUCUGGUGUCAGAAGUGUUAUGAGUAUGGCAGUGGUGUGAGAGUCAGGAGACACACAGGAGGAAAAAAUGGCUCUUUAUAAAACACUAACUGACCUGUGUGUCAUUCUAGUGGAUGAGGACGUGGUCACUGGUGGUAGUUUUUCCAGUUCAAGUCCCUGUUCUGCAAUUAACUAGCUGUGUAACUCUGGACAAGUGAUCUAACCUCACUUUACCUCUGUUUCUAAAUGUGUAUAAUGGGGCUAAUAGUAUUACCUAUACUUUGUGGAGUUAUUUCUUGGAUUACAUAGAAUAAAAGCUGAUAUAAUAAGCACUCAAACUAAAGGGUGGGAGACAUGUCAACAUAUACUAUGUAUGUAUUACAGAUAACUGCAAAAAAAUGUAUCUGGUGUCUUUCCAUUAGUCAUGAAAUGGAGGCCCAGGGAAGAUCCCAGAUGGAUCACUUCCAGCCAGUUUCCUGCACCACUGGGGAGACACAACCCAGGGGAACCCCGGAGUUUCCUCUGACGUUAAUAUUCUCGUGGAACCAACCACCUUGCAUUACUGCACACCCAGUGAUGAGCCUCAAGGUUCACAAAUUCUUCCAAGUCAGGAGAUGUCAGGGAACAAACAUUAAACCGUAGAAUUUUAGUAUCAAACUGUCAUUUAAAAAACUACAAUUUUCAGUUUCUCUCAACACUUGGAGGCUUGGACACACCUGGGGGGAACAUGGCUUCUCUAUUCUGGAAAAACCACACGUGGUCUUUUGUCUGGGCAAAUGUAAAGCAGACUCUACCUCUUUCUUGGGAAAACAAGAGACAAAAUAUGGCUGGUUUUGAUUAAUUUUUUAAAAAAUUGAAGUAUAGUUGAUGUACAAUAUUAUAUUGGUUUCAAGUAUACAACAUAGUGAUUUGAUA